AUGAAGACACUGUUCGAGCAGCUAAAAACUCUCUUCGACUAUGAGCUUUAUUCGAAUGCGGCCACCCUGGCCAGCUUACUGUUGUCGAUAUAUGACCAGAACCGCGCAACACUUAAUCCCCAGGAACACCUGGCUACGCUCGUUUACUACGCGGAAUCACUUUUCCAUGAACGGCGCUUCCGUGAAGCCGAAACCAUUUACCGACAAGCGCUGCAACUCAAACGGUUAAUAACGAAAAACAAGUCACCCACCUGCAAAGCUCCACCGGGCCAGUUGUUCGGCACGGUGGAUCUCCAGUCGGAGGUGGAGUUGAAGUACAAGACGGCGCGUUGUCUUAUAGAGAUGAAAUGCUAUCGCGAUGCAAUCGUGCUGCUUCAAUCGCUUGCCCUGAAGCAGCGCACGCCGAAAGUGAACAUGUUGUUGAGUAAACUUUGUCAUAACCACGGGCACGAAAGGAGUGCAAUCGGGACGUACAAGGAGGUGCUAAAGGAGUGCCCACUAGCAUUCGAAGCGAUCGAGGGCCUGCUGACUCUCGGCGUCAAAGGUAUCGAGGUGAAUUCGCUCAUUGUCGAUGCGUCCGUGGCCCCGCAGUGCAACGAGUGGAUGAGCAGUUGGAUAAGGGGCCACGCCAACAUUCAGGCCCGUAAGUACCCGGAGGCAAUACAAACGUUACGCACCCUCGAGACGAGCACGUGUCUUCGAAACUACCACCAACUGUUGGUGCUGAUAGGCGAGUGCCUUUACUAUAAUGGCGAGUAUGAGCAGGCGUACAUUACCCUGAAACGGGCGCAUGCAAUGCAACCUCAUUCGAAGAAUGGCCUACAGAUUCUGGCAAUUCUAAUGGCAAAAAAUAAGAAAAUUACCGAAUUGGAAAAACUUAUCACUCCUUCUCCUUCGCUGCUGAACGAAUAUACGUCGGAGAUGUGGUUCGUGAUGGGACAGUACUUGUUUGCGACAGGAAAAUACGAAAAGGCGGUCUAUUUCGUGCAAAAGGCGUGCUUCCUAAAUUCACGCAACGUCGAAGCGCUGGUGCUGAAGGCAGAGGUACUGUUUCAGGUGAAAAAAUAUCAACAAGGCAUUGCGCACCUUCGCUAUGGGCAGCAGUUUGCUCCAUAUCGGUACGAAAUUCACAAAGCACUCGUCGAUAACUAUCUGAACAUGGGUCGCAUUCGGGAGGCGCAAGUGCAAGCGCUUAAGGCCGUCAAAAUGCUGGGUGAAUCGGCGCGGACAUUGAUGCUUCUCGCCCGUACUUAUGUGAAGGACGAAGCAGCCCGACCGAAGGCAAAAGCGUUGUGCCAAAAGGCUCUCGUGAUGAAUGAAAAUUUCCUCCCCGCGGUUUACCUACUGGCUGAGCUGUAUCAGCGUGAGAAUGAUCUCCCUGCCCGAUUGAGACUGCUCAAGAAGCACGCGAUGAUGGCACAAAACUGUAAAAUCCACGCCAUGCUAGGUGAUAUGCUGAAUAACGAGAAAGAUCACUCUGGAGCUUUGGAACACUACACGAUCGCUCUGAAUCUGGAUCCCUCGAAUCGAAGCGCCAUGGCGGGGCUGUUGUCGAUGGGACAAAACAUAGGAAGUACGAGUAGUAAUGCAGCACCGAAUGCUGGUGCCUCUUGUUCCUAUCUCGAGUCGAUGGCCGAAGAUGGUAGUGACAUACCGGACAAUCCACUAGAACUUAUCGAAAUACGAACAACCGGACCAAACGAGAUGGAAUCGGAAAGUGACGCCAUGUGGUCGGACCUGGAAAUCGAAAUCAACCAGUAG